GCCGCCUGAGGUGGCAGAGGGGUGUGACCGGCGGGACCGGCGGCGGCCCGCGGACUAUGCUCGCCCUCCUGGGCACAGCGGCCCUGGUGCUGGUCGCCGGGGCGCCCUGGGUGUCUCCCGCAGCCGCAGGUGGAAAAAACCUCACAUCUCCUCAAAACGUAGAGGUCUGCAUCAUAGAUGACGCCUUUACCCUGAAGUGGGACAGGAGUGACGAGUCUGUCAGCAACGUGACUUUUUCAGCAGAUUACCAAACACCUAAAAUGCGUAACUGGGAAAAACUGCCUGGGUGUCAAUAUAUUACUGGUACCAUGUGCAACUUUUCUUCAGUCAAGCUAAACGUGUUUGAAAAAAUUAAGUUACGUGUAAGAGCAGAAAAAGGAAACGAAACUUCUCCAUGGCAUGAGGUUGGCUCAUUUGUCCCCUAUCGAAAAGCUCAGAUUGGCCCUCCGGAAGCGCGUUUAAAAGCUGAAGAUAAGGCCAUAAUAGUCGACAUCUCUCCUCCUGGGACAAAAGACAGUCUCAUGUGGGCUACGGAUCGGUCAGCCUUUACGUACCGCUUGGUGAUCUGGGAGAACUCAGCCAGUGUAGACGAAAGGACUGAGACUGUUUAUCCUGGAGGUAAAAUUUAUAAACUCUCCCCAGAGACUACUUACUGUUUAAAAGUGAAGGCAGAACUACGUUUGCAGAGAAGAGUUGGUUCCUAUAGUCCAGUGUAUUGUAUAAACACCACAGUUGAAAAUAAACUGCCUCCACCAGAAAAUAUAGAAGUCGAUGCUAAAAAUCAGAGCUAUGUUCUUAAAUGGGAUUACACGUAUGAAAACGUAACCUUUCAAGCUCAGUGGCUCUAUGCCUAUUUUAAAAAGAUUCUUGGGAACCAUUCAGAUAAAUGGAAACAAAUACCUGGCUGUAGAAAUGUCAAAACUACCCAGUGUGUAUUUCCUCAAAAAGUUUUCCCAGAAGGAACUUACCUUCUCCGUGUACAAGCCUCUAAUGGAAAUAAAACAUCUUUUUGGUCUGAAGAGAAAGCACUUGAUACUGAAAUUAAAACUGCCAUACUUCCUCCAGUCAUUAGUAUGAAAUCCAUUAGUAAUUCACUGCAGAUCUACAUUGGCGCUCCAAAGGACACUGAAAACAAGUCUGUGAGCCAGGCUUAUGUACUUACUUAUGAAAUUAUUUUUUGGAAAAACACUUCAAAUGCUGAGCGCAAAAUCCUGCAGAAAAAAGGUGAUUUUGUUAUUCCCGAUUUGCACCCGUUGACUGUAUAUUGUGUCAAAGCCCGAGCACUCGUGGAGGGUGAACGAUGGAAUAAAAGCAGUGUUUUUAGUGAUACCGUGUGUGAGAAAACAAAACCAGGGAAUACAUCCAUAGCCUGGCUUAUAUCUGGAGUUUGCACUGUGGUGUUCUUCAUCCCGGCUGUCAUUUAUGUUGUGAAACACCUCUUGGGAUAUAUCAAAUAUGUAUUCUUUCCAUCAUGUAAGCCUCCUCCCAGUAUAGACCAGUAUUUCUCUGAACAGUCACUAAAGAAUCUACUCCUUUCCACUUCUGAGGAACAAACUGAAAGAUGUUUUAUCAUUGAAAAUACGGACGCUCUUGUCACAGUAGAAGAAACUAACCAAGUUGGUGAAGAUCACAAAAAAUACAGCUCCCAGACUAGCCGAGAUUCAGGAAACUAUUCUAAUGAGGAUGAAAACAGCGGAGGUAAAACAAGUGAAGAACUUGUACAACAGGAAAUCUUGUGACCAGAAAUGACUCUAAAAUAUGAGUGAGGUUGGUGGAAGUUACUCUGGGAGCCUGAGUUCUUGGUCCUCUCGGUGACUAAAAUGCGGACAUUUGCUUGUUGGGGAAGAACAAAAAUCUUCAAAUCAUAGAUCCUAAAAAUAUGGGUAAGCACUUAACUAUUUAAAGUGGAAGUACAGAAGCUUGAAGAAAAUUUUCUAUAUUCUCUUCCAUAUGUAAGUCUUGAAAGACCUGUCAUCAGACCUGCCUUUGACAAACUGAGUUAAACCAAGAAGAUGGCCAGCCACCUUUCUAAUGACAUCUUAAGCGUCACUAUGUUAACUGUGUUUAGUGGCUAAGGAUAGUAUUUGUGUUCCGGUCAGGGAAUACUAGGAGCCCUGGUGGCACAGUGGUUAAAGCACUCAGCUGCUAACCCAAAGGUCGGUGGUUCAAACCUACCAGCCACUCUGUGGGAGAAAGCUGUGGCAGUCUGCUUCUGUAAAGAUUACAGCCUUGCAAACCCUAUGGGGCAGUUCUCUUCUGUCCUAAACGGUCGCUCUGAGUCAGAAUCAACUCGAUGGCAGUGGCUUCGUCCUGGCUGCUGCUGGUUACAACGUAUGCCAUCUGUUGGUUCUCCAUUCCCAGUAUUGUAUGUCAUCAUCUUAGAUAUUUAGAUUUCAUCUUGUCUUUUGACCCUGAGGUAGCCCUAGCCUAAGUAGCUUACCGUAGAAAACAGCUCCAGAUGCCUGAAAGCUGAUGGGUGAAAAUUUGGGGGCAUUCUGUCCAUUUAUCCCAAGAUCCAUUGGCCCCUAUGUUACCAUCACCACCCCUUACAUGAUUAGGAUAAAACCAGUGGUCUCUUUACUGGGCAUUAAGACUUCCUGGUGAAUAACUUACCCAACAAUAGUUUGAUCAGAAUUUGCAGUCACUGAAGUUAUAGGGAAAUGGGCAGCUAUGUAAUUAGAGAAGUAACUUCUUUUUCAAGAUCUGGGAAUAUGCAGAGGUGGGUCAGUUCAUGCAAGGAGCCUUGGGGCCAGAAAAUGCUGAUAAGGUAAGAAGUAGAAUAACCUCAGUAGGAAUAAUGUAUAUAAUCAACUUUUAAUUGCUAACAUACUCUGAGGUUAGCUUGUUUUUAUGGCUGAUCUUGGACAUUUUUAAUACCAGGCCAACUUCUCUGCACUGUCUAGCAGUAUUCAGGAUUGAGGUACCCCUUCUGCUCAGCCUGCAUGUUCUCAAGAAAAUGCAACUUACUUAAUAUCAAAAUGAGGGAGAAAAUGUAACUAGGAAAAAAAAAACUUAUUUAUAAAAAUUAAACAAUCCUUUCCAAAGGCAACGUAUAACGUAUUUUUUAAUUGUUUGAUAUGUGGGAUUAUCCAUGGAUACCCUUCUAAUGAAGGAAGCCUAGGAAUUCUGGUGGCCUCUAGGGCAGAAUUCUCAACUGAGUUGUAACAGGGACCAAUGAAAGAGAAAGAUGAAGUUACAGAGAACAUUCUGGGAAGUACACAUAACUGUUCUUUCUACCGUAUUUACUGAAGUAACAGGCCUGUCUUGGCGGGAGAAAAGGUUGAAAGCAGCUCUUCUAGAGAGGGCUGGGAGGCUCAGCAUACCUGACACCACAGGCCAUACCAUCCAUCUUACCGGACCUGAGGUCAGGCGUCCGGAGUUAUGUUAUAAUGGGAGACCAAGGAGGCCAAGGAUCUUGGAGACAGUUCUCUGCUGAAGAAUCCCCACAGUGACCCAGAGGGCUUUGGUUUAAAGUACAUCUUCUAGGUUGCAUUCAGGCCCUGGAUUUACUGCACUAAAAAAAGCUUUCUUGAGCUGGGUAGCCUAAAAACAAACCACGGCUUUGUAAAACGUGGAGAGUGAAAACUUAGACAUUAACAAUGGAAUUGUUAGAUUUCUUAGAUGUGGGCCCACAUUUCUUCCGGCGUGAGCAUUAAAACAGACUCCGUUUCCAUGCGUAAGCACCCCAGUAGCAAAUAGGAGAAACAAAACCAGAUUUCUUUACUCCUGCCUUGUCUUCCAGACAUGAAUUGUCCAUUCCAUUCCAUUCUUUAUUGUAUUCUACAUGUUGCUUCAUCAGAAUGUGCUUACUUGUAAGGUGAUGGGUUUUUUUUCUGAAGAGUAUUUUACUUGGGCAUUCCAUGUACUUGGCACCAGUCCACUGCCUCAGAAUUAGAAUAUUGAUAGUUCUUGUACAGGCAGGGUAUAAGAAUUGGUAUGAAGGAACUUUAGAGCCAGAAAUAGUAAUGUUAAUAUAUGUAAGUAUUGUAUAUGGUGUGCGUAUAUGUACACAGAUAUAUAAACAGUAGCAUGGACUUGUAAACACAUACACCCAUGUGCGCACGCAUGUAUCAUGGCAGCCUUAUUCCAUUAGUAUGGCCUAAAGUACUUGUUAGUAUAGAUUCUAAUUAGAAAAUUAGAAGUGCUGCUCUGAACUAUGAACUUUAAGAGUCCGACCAGAAAUUUGCGACAUAUAAAACUUACUUUAAAAUAUGAUUGAGAAUUUGUAUCAUUUUCCCAAAGGAGCCCUGGUGGUGCAGUGGUUAAAGCACUUGACUGCUAACUAAAAGGUCAGCAGUUUGAACUCACCAGCUACUCCACAGAAUAAAGAUGUGGCUGGUCGGCUUCCUUAAAGAUUACAGCCUUGGAAACCCUAUGGGGAAGUUCUGCUCUGUCCUAUAGGGUCACUGUGAAUCGGAAUCGACUUGAAGGCCGUGGGUAUAGUUUGGUUUUUUAUUUACAUCUUCCCGAGCUACUAGCUUGGGGGUUGUAUAGAUGCUUUCCCUUGUUUUCUCACCCCCUGUAAUCACAAUGACUACUUGACGUGUAGAAUGUUUGUUUUGUUUGGUGUAUGUCUCCCUGCCCCACUAGAAUGUAAGCUUCAGAGAGCAGGGACUCUGUUUUAUUCAUUACUGGAUUUGUAGCAGCUAUCACCAUCUGGUGCCUUGCACAUAGAAGGUGUCCAGAAAACAAUUAUUGAAUGAAUGAAAUCUAAAAUUUGAAUCAAAAGGGUUGUUCGUGAUGCUUGUAUGGUUUAUCAGGUUGUGGAAGGACAUAGCCAUGUUUUCAGCGUUUUUAUGCAAUAAAUUUAUAUCUUUUUUAUUUUCAUCUUAAACCCUACUGUUGU